AUGCAUUUUAAGGUUGAUAUCGAUGAUCCUGAACAAGGAAUUGAUAGUCUAAAACUAUCAACUGCGCUUGAAGAUGAACGAAAAGCCUGCCAAGUGAAAAUAAUUAAUGCAAUCAACAAAGCUUACGAAAAAUUUGAUGAAAUUAUUUUAUUUCACGGAUAUUUAAAUCUUCCUAAAUACAUCAACUUCCUUGUUCAAGUAAGUGAAUCUGAAUUUGGACAAGAAUACCUCAGGAAUAAUAUAAAUGUUGAACAAAUUAAAUCUUUAGUAGAUAUAUAUAACGAGAAACAAACAUACGAUGUUAUGUAUUCAAUAGUACACCUAUUUGUUAACAUAUCUUACCUAUCUGAAGAUGCAACAAAAUAUUUUAUAGAAAAUGGAGUGCACAACACACUUAUUUCAAUGAAUAUACCAAAGGAAAUCGAAUACUACAAAGACUACUUCCGUUUAAUUUAUAAUUUAACAUCAGUUGAGCCUGAAAUAUACGAAGAACAACAAGUCAUUAUAUUAUUGAAACAAUUAGUAAGAGCAGAUGCAAUUCGUAAGCAAUUUGGACUGAAAUCACUUACAAAUAUUUUCAGACAAAAGAUUUUUUCAAAUUCAACAGUGAAUAUCUCAGUUUUAGACUUAUUACAUAAGAUUUUACUAUCAAACGAUGGAACUGUUAGAGAAACAGUUGCUUGGUUCGUGCAUUUCCAGCUAGAAGGUAAUGAAGCUCGUUUCUUUUUAUCAGAUAUUUGCCGCUCUCAAAUUAUGAAUGAAUUUGUUGAUUCUCUAUUCAAAUGUGAUAAUUCUGUUUUAGUUAAUAUCAUUUUAAGUAUAUUUUCUCGUAUUGUUAUAUUUAAUAUUGGCGAAUAUGUCGAAAAACUGUUUAAUUCUGAUGUUCUCGAAGCAGCUCUUAAUCUUGUGACACAUGAGAAUGUUGGAGAAUACGCUCUGUGUCUUGUCAAUAACUUCAUGGCCGCAGAUAACAAUUAUCUUGAAUAUUGUUUGUCACAAAAUUUCCAUGCGAAUUCUCUUGAUGUUUUUGACAAUGGAAAUGUACGUGUGAAGCAGGAAUGCAUCAGAGCAUGGCUAAUAAUUAAUGAUUUGGGCAAUUCUUUGCAAGCUAACACAGUUUUGAAUGAAUUUGUCAUUGAAAAAAUAAUUGACUUCCUUUCAUCUGAUUCUGAAGAAGAUUUCCUUGUUUAUGGACUUUCUUUACUCAUUAAAUUAUGUGAUAAAGAGCCAAAGUUCGCAGAAAUGUUUGAUUUAUCAGAUUUUGAUAAUAUUCAGGACCAGGAAUCAGAAAAAAUACAAGAGUUAUAUCAAGUUAUUGUAGAUAGAAUGUCACCUGAAGAAUAA